AUGAGGGGACUCCGUGCCCGCUACCACCUCCUGCCCGACCAGGACGAGGAGCAGCCCGUGGGAUGUGGGGAGCCAGUUGGAGAGGGGCAGCCGGGCUGGGAGAGAGCCCCAGCAGCAGCCCCAGCCCUGGAGCAGCUGUGCAGGCUGGUGCUGAGCACACCAAGCAGCAUCCUGCGGAACGAGGAGUUCCAGGAGAAGCAGCUGCCAGCCCCGGCUGAGCCCACUCUGCCCCAGUUGGGCCCCCACCUGCCCCCCCGGCUGACGCAGCAGCCCUGGCGCCUGCUGUACUGCACCGGGCGGGAUGGCUUCAGCCUGCGGACCCUGUACCGGUGCGGAGGCCAGCCGGGCUGCCCUGCCCUGCUGCUCAUCAGGGACACAGAGGCACAGGCCUUUGGUGCCUUCUGUGCCAGCACCAUUCGCUGCAGCAAUAGCUUCUACGGGACAGGGGAGACCUUCCUCUUCUCCUUCUCCCCAGAGCUGAAGGUGUUCAGGUGGACGGGCAGGAACAACUUCUUCAUGAAGGGGGAUGUGGACCUGCUGAUGUUCGGUGGGGGCAGUGGUAGAUUUGGGCUGUGGCUGGAUGGAGACCUGCACCACGGGGGCAGCCACCCCUGUGAGACCUUCGACAACGAGACCCUCUCAGCCCGGGAGGAGUUCUGUGUCCAGGACCUGGAAGUGUGGGGCUUGGCCUGA